AUGUCCAUUCCCUACUACAUAAUCGACGUCUUCACAACCACUCCCUACAAAGGGAACCCCCUCGCCGUAGUCCCAACCCUCGAUUCCCCCCUCUCCACCACGCAGAUGAAGCUCCUCGCUCGCCAGUUCAACCUCUCAGAAACAACCUUUAUCUGUCCCCCGACAACCGUCCCCGCCACCUACCGACUACAGUCCUUCCUUCCCAACGGUGAAGAGGUCUUUGGUGCCGGACACAACGCGCUCGGCGCGUGGUGGUAUAUCGUUUCUUCUGGACUCCUGGGCAGCGAAGGUGCUAUCGAUGGUAGAAAGAGCGUAUAUCAUCAGGAACUGGGAGGGCUGGUCUUUCCAGUUGAGAUUACAAUGUCUAAGGGGAGGAUUAUCAUCACCAUGCGCCAAAAUACCCCGCAAUUUCUGUCUCGACAUCCUGACCCCGCUGCCCUCGGCGUCGCGUUAGGUCUUGAUUUAUCCGAGAUGGGAUUUCACGUUCCUGGGACCGAUACCUUUGUGUCUGAAGCCCGUGUUGUAACAACCUCGCCGGCGCGCCAUCUCCUUGUCCCGGUGCGCGACGUGCAGGUUCUUCGUCGUGUGCGGUUCUCAAGCGAGGCGGUGGCGACGGAGCUAGAGAGGACGCAGAGUCGAAAUAGUGGAGUUUACGUGUUUGCGCCAGUUCCUGGCCCUGGCUCUGUAGGUCAGGAAGCGGGGAGUGAGAUGGAAGAUCGGCCGCGUUUUGAGGCCAGGUUCUUUAGUCCUGGGAUGGGCGCUGAGGAUCCGGCGACUGGAUCGGCGGCGGGGCCAUUGGGGGCGUAUGUUUGGGAGAAUGAGGUGGUUAGUCGAGGGGGUAUGAAGCGAGGUAGUGUGAAUGUUGACGUUGUGCAGGGACGAGAAAGAGGGAGGGAGUGUGUUAUGGAGGUUGGGUUGGAGAUAGAAGAGGGUCGGGUGGUGGGGGUGAUGAUUCGUGGGACGGGGGUUUUGGUUGCGAAGGGGGAGACAGUUGUCCCUGGGCAGAAGGUCAUUUUUUGA